AUAUACAAUAUAUGUUGAAUAUAUUUGUUUCACUCACUCUCUGCAAUUAGUUUCCAUAGUUUGCAUCCAUAGUACAGUCUUAUUUGCAUACUCGGUACAAUUCCUAUGCUCCUGUAACCGACAGCUGUAAUUGGUUGAAACUGCUGGACUAAGAGUCCCGGAUGAAAACAAACACGCAGCGGGUCACUAUGGGGAAUCUCGACAACACUCAACGCUGAAUUCAGAAGAACCCUCUUCUUAGUACACUAAAAUAAAGAAAGGCAAUUUCACAAAAUUUGGUCCUCUUGCUCCGCAUUACGUGAAUAAAACUGCUUUUCCACGAAUUACUCGAAAUGAAAAUGAACGGCCUACCCUUUACGAAGUCACCAUGCAGACCCUCAUAUCACCCUACUUCCAUCAAAUCAGUCCAUUCUGUCAACAAAUAGUCAACACCAGUCAACAGCUUCAAGCAUCGUGCUGUCCUUGUCAACACAAUGGCUGAGAAACAAGAUCCAGACCUAACAGGUUAUAUCCACAACGUCUCCUCAAUGAAAAAAUCCAGACGUGGGGCGUCAUACUUCAAUUUUGACCUACAAGAGAAAGAUGCAGUCAGAAAGGCAGUCUGCUUCUCCCCAGAGAAGAGAAAAGUUGUAGAAGACCAAGAACAGAGUCAACAUGGCUGUAAGAUAACACGCUACUCGCAAGGUAGUUUUUCACAAACAGACAUAGUCAUCAAUAAGGCAACCAUCAUUGACAAAGAACAACUUCCCUUUCCAUCAAAGAAAGUUGAAGUGCCCUUCACACCCCUGAAAGACAUUGAUCAUCUCACACCUGGUCAGGUCAUUAAUAUCAAGGUGAAAGUCAUCUCUACAAAACCUGCAAAAACGGUUCCAGUAAAAGACACACAGGGAACAACCAAAGAGUUACAGAAAACAGAGGUACUUUGCGCAGACCAUACAGCCACAAGAAACCUUGUUGUAUGGGAACCAAUCACACUACAGGAAAAUCACUCAUACAAGCUAGAUGUCAGAGUGCGCCUCUUUGGGUCGUCUAACUACAUAAACACCAUGCGUGACACUACUGUGGAGGAAAUAAAUGACAUUGAGACCAUAACAUCUACAGAUGACGAAACAAGGACCAUCUCCUCCCCAGGAUCCUUCAAGGGGAAGAUAUCUGCAAUGACCAUUAUCUCAAGAUUCAUCAAAUGUGUUGAUUGUCGCAAAAAAAUACCACACACAGAUAAAAGAAUCGUCACAUGCCCCGCAUGUCAGAUGACAAUGCUGGCAAAGAACUGUCCAGCCGACAUAACAGCCAAACUAUCAGUAAGUUUAAACGAAGAUGCUGCAGUUGGCCGAAACAUGACAAUAACAUGUUUUAAGGACACGUUGGCUUAUCUUACAGGCACAGAUCCAGUUCUCCUCAGCGACGACGACAUACUUGAGCAAGUCCUUGUCAACGAAGAGACGUAUAGCUUUGACCAAAACCCCCAAAAUAUCUGCACAAACAUUUCUCUCACUGACAUCACUGACACUGACAGUCCUGAAAGCCUCUUCAACUAGAACUAUAGUAACUGAGCUUAUGUUGAAAACUUUAUGUUAUGUUCAAAGGACAGAGAAGAUCUUAAGUGUACUUAAGUAUGUUUGCACUAAUGUUUUUGACUUUGAAGUUUUUGAAGUCAGUUCUAGUUCUUAUAUUUACUCUUACAAAGUACAAAGUUGGUUGUUGUACGUUCUCUUUUCCCAUACCAUACAAGAGAAGAAAAAAAUGUCAAUAUUCAAACUAGGUGUGGAUACCAGUUUGGCUUAAUAUGAUCCAAGUCCAACUUUAGGUCCAGAGAUUUAGGUUCAGGUCCAGUUCCUGUCCAGUUAAUGUUUUGUUUUAUUACACCAAUAUUAAGCAUAGAGAAUUGAUGCUGACACGUACGACUAUAAAAGUUUCUUGGUGAAAAGACUUUCAACAUAAACCAGCGUUUGAUAUUUGAAUGUUGCACUUAUUUUAAAUGCCUUUUGUUCUGAGGGGAGACUCAAAACACUUUUCAUCAAAGAAGAUAAAAAAAUAUAUUUGUACUUUGUCCAGGUAUUUUUUUACCCUGGAAUCCAGAGCAAUUGUACCGGCCCGCGCCCAACCUUUCCGCGGACAUACCCUCCUGCUGGCCCCGACAAACUACCCCGCCCCACUCUCUGCUAGCCCACAAGAUCCGCUCCACUAUUGUACGGCAAGCGGAGAUCGGGUGCCUAGUGGAUAGUGGGGCGGGGUAGAUCUUCGGGCAAGCGGAAGGGUAGGCCCGGGUAACACGGAGCGCGGGCUGGUACAUAUGCUCUGGAGUCCAGGGUAGUAUUUUUGGACUCAGGUUUUUCACUUUGAAGUUUUUGAACUCAGUUCUAGAUCUAGUUCUUAUAUAUAUUCUCAGAAAGUACAAAGUUGGUUGUUGUACAUUCUCUUUUCCCAUACAAGAUGUUUAAACCCAUUCCAGUUUGCAUGUUUAAAUAAAGUCAGUUAUUCAUCUUCAUCUGUCGUGUGUAGACAUGUUUUUGUGUUUAUGCUUGUAGCAAUCAACAGAUUCUUCAAAUACUCUAUUUUGUUAUAUGAUUUAACAACAAAUAACACAAACAACAAUGAUGACAGAUGCUAUAAUUAUAAUAACCUAACUAGAAUAAAAAGACACUACAAACAUUCACUCCAUCUUCUGUCUCAAAGGCAAUCUGUGCACACAUUUUCUCAUACUCUGCCAUACAGCUGCCC